GGCUUGUGUUUAUUUAUCACAGUGUUGCAACGCUUCAAAAGCUUCAGUAAACUGGACAACUAACACGCUUGGGGUAAGAGACGCAGUGACACGAUGGCGUCGGACUCGCCUCGUCGUCCGAGCCGCUGCGCCGGAGGGGUGCUGGUGAGAGCGCAGGCUGCCACAGAGCAGACCUACAUGGAAAGUGUGGUGACAUUCCUGCAGGACGUCGUCCCACAGGCGUACACAGGCACACCUCCAACAGAUGAAAGGGAGAAGAUUGUCUGGGUCAGAUUCGAAAAAGCGGACAUCAACGAUGUGGCUCGCUCGCCGGAGUUCCUGGAGAUGCACGGAACCGUCAGCGCCCCUCCCCUCUGCCUGAUGAUGGGCUAUGCUGAUGGGAUGCAGAUCUGGAGCGUAUCUCCAAGUGGGGAGGCCCAGGAGCUAUUCUCAGUCCGUAAUGGUCCAGUGAGAACUGCCCGGAUCCUGCCUGCUCCCCACAUCAGUCCUCUGAAGACGGACAGCUUUGCUGAGAAGAGACCCCUCCUCGGUGUCUGCAAGAGCGCCGGGUCGUCAGGGUCGAGCACCCCAUACUGCUGUGUGGACCUCUACUCUCUGCGGACAGGGGAGAUGGUCAAGUCCAUUCAGUUCAAAACGCCCAUCUACGACCUGCACUGCAAUAAACGGAUCCUUGUUGUUGUUCUCCAAGAAAAAAUAGCUGCAUUCGACAGCUGCACCUUCAUGAAGAAAUUCUUCGUCACAAGCUGCUACCCCUGCCCCGGACCCAACCUCAACCCCAUCGCCCUGGGAGGCCGCUGGUUAGCCUACGCUGAGAACAAGUUGAUCCAGUGUCAUCAGUCUCGCGGCGGAGCGUGUGGAGACAGUGCUCAGUCCUACACCGCCACAGUCAUUAGUGCCGCCAAAACCCUGAAAUCGGGCCUGACAAUGGUGGGCAAGGUGGUCACACAGCUGGCUGGCACCCUCCCCGCGGGUGCCCCCGAGGAGGAGGGCGUUGCCCACAGCUCCGCCCGCCGCAGCCCCCACGUCCCCGGCAUCGUCACCAUCAUCGACACGCACACCGUCGGGGAGGGACAGGUCUUGGUCAGUGAAGACUCGGAUGGCGAGGGUCUGGUGGCCCACUUCCCAGCCCAUGAUAAGCCUAUAUCACGCAUGGCAUUCAACCCAAGCGGAAUGCUGCUCGUGACUGCGGACGCGCUGGGCCACGACUUCCACGUCUUUCAGAUCCUGACUCACCCGUGGGGCUCCUCCCAGAGCACCGUUCACCACCUCUACACGCUGCACCGCGGGGAGACGGAGGCCAAGGUGCAGGACGUCUGCUUCAGCCACGACUGCCGCUGGGUGGUGAUCAGCACGCUGCGCGGCACCUCGCACGUCUUUCCCAUCAACCCCUACGGCGGGCCGCCGUGCGCCCGCACGCACAUGUCUCCGCGCGUGGUGGACCGCGUCAGCCGCUUCCAGAAGAGCGCCGGGCUGGAGGAGAUCGAGCAGGAGCUGAGCAGCAAGCCGGGGGGACGGUGCAGCCCUGUGCCCGGGCUGUCCAGCAGCCCCUCGGGCUCCCCGCUGCACGCCAAACUGAACAGCCAGGAGACCUACAACAACUUCACCAACAACAACGCGGGCCCCCUGGGCCUGUCCCCACCGCCCGGCCUGACCGUGGUGCUGCCGCUGGCCCAGAUCAAGCAGCCCAUGACCCUGGGCACCAUCACCAAACGCACGGGACCCUACCUCUUUGGGGCAGGAUGUUUUUCCAUUAAAACUCCAUGCAAGGCCAAGCCACCGCCCCCCCACAUCUCCCCCAGCAAGUCCUCCGGGGGGGAGUUCUGUGUGGCGGCCGUCUUCGCCCCCUCGCGCUCUUGGUUCCUGACCAACCCCAACACCAAGAGAGAGAAAGAUCAGUCCAAGCAGGCGGUGGUGGACUCUCUCUACAUCAUCAGUUGCUACGGCAACCUGGUGGAGCACGUCCUCGAGCCCCGUCCAAUCAGCACAGCCCAGAAGGUCGGUGAUGACACGCCCCUGGAGCUCAACACCUGCCCCCGGGCCAGCUGGACCCUGGCCAGGACACCGCAGUGGAACGAGCUACAACCACCGUUCAACGCCAGCCAUCCCUUGGUGCUGGCAUCAGACUUGGUGCAGCACUACCAGUACCUCCUGGCUGGCUUGGCACCCCCCGGAAGCCCGGGCCCCAUCACACGGCACGAGUCCUACGACAGCCUGGCGUCGGACCACAGCGGGCAGGACGACGAGGAGUGGCUCUCCCAGGUGGAGAUAGUGACCCACACCGGGCCUCACCGCCGUCUGUGGAUGGGGCCUCAGUUUCAGUUCAAGACAAUUCACCCCUCUGGCCAGACAACCGUCAUCUCCUCCAGCUCCUCGGUGCUGCAGUCCCACGGCCCCCUCGACACCCAGCAGCCCCUGCUCGACUUUGACACCGACGACCUGGACCUGCACAGCCUCAGGAUCCAGCCGGUUCGCUCGGAGCCAGUGAGCAUGCCCGGGUCCUACGGGCUGGUGGCGGAGCACCGGGGCCAGUCCAGCGCCAUCGACACCGGGUCAGGAAUGUUCGACCGCAGCGUGACCCUGCUGGAGGUGUGCGGCAGCUGGCCUGAGAGCUUCGGCCUGCGACACAUGUCCUCGGUGGACGCCUCUGAGGACGGGCUGCGGGAGCGCCUGGCCGAGGCCAUGUCCGAGUCGCCCGGCCGGGACGCCGUGGGCACCGGGACGGAGCUGCAGAGGGAGGGCAGCAUCGAGACCCUCAGCAACAGCUCGGGCUCCACCAGCGGGAGCAUCCCGCGCAGCUUCGAGGGCUACCGAUCGCCGCUGCCCACCAACGAGAGCCAGCCCCUCAGCCUCUUCCCCUCCGGAUUCCCCUAGGGGGGGCCGAGGCACGACCUGCAGAGAUCCCCCCAAAUCCCCCCAACCCCGCCCCAGCAUAUCAGUGUCUAACUGCUGAUACCCUUCAGCUCCUACCGCGGAGACGCUCUCAAACUCCCAUGUAGCCACC